AUGUCUGACAAACCUGGCAGUGGUGAUGGAGUAGGAGGUGGCCGUGACCGUGCCAUUCGCUCAUCUAAUGGUUCCUUUGUUAGAAUGGACGCUGUUAAUGAAGAUGAGUACUUCUAUAAUCAGCGAAAACAUCAGUUUAAAAACAUUCGCGAGGAAAUGAAUAGCGAGCUCUCUUUUCACGAGGAACAAAUCACACGCCACCAGGAGGCAAUCAAUCGCCACAAGAGGAUAUCGACAACAUGGGAAAGCACGAAUAAGGAAUUAAGUUUACAGAAUCUACUUUCUGUUUAA